AUGUCGACGAGACCGGCGCCAGUGGCGCGCAAGUCCAACAAGUCGGAAUACAUUGAGACGGAUACUGGAAACAAAAUCUCUCGCAAGGCCAAAAUCGAGGGCAAACCAAACAUCAUGCUGGGCGGCAGGACCGUGAUCAUGGCAGAUGUCUACAUGCGAGGCGACCUGCACCGCUUCUCGAGCUCCGGCGACGGUGGAGCAGCCCAACCUACCACAGCCAUCAGCAUUGGACGAUACACAGUAGUCGCUACAGGCUGCACUUUGAAGCCGCCGUCAAGAAUCAGCCGCGGCCAGAUGGCAUACUAUCCCAUGCGCAUCGGCGACAAUGUCUUCAUUGGCCCCAACUGCCACAUCUCAGCCAUUGCGAUCAGUUCACACGUCUACAUUGGCGCCAAUGCCGUACUCAGCCCCUUUUGCAUCAUCAAAGACAACUGCAAGAUUCUUCCUAACACGGUGGUGCCUCCCAAUAUGGUGGUCCCGGUUGGUAGCAUCGUUGGCGGUAAGCCCGGCAGAAUUAUUGGAGAAGUUGGUGAGGGAUGGGGUGUCGGAGGCGGAGCUUCUGGCGAGACUUGGGUCGAGGGAGGUGAACUGCGUGAUCUGGUCAGGAGUAUCAGAUGA